AUGGAACCUACUGGUACAGCUGUUUCGUCUACAAUCAACCUUGUCAAGACCAUACUAGGAGCGGGGCUUCUGGCGAUCCCUUUUGCGUUCAAAAACGAUGGUGUGCUCGUGGGGACAUUACUGACAUUGCUGGCUGCUGUUACUUCAGGUUUUGGGCUCUUUAUCCUCUCGAAAUCGUCCAAGACGCUGAUAAACCCUAGAAACUCCUCGUUCUUCACGCUGUGCAUGCUCACUUAUCCGCUUCUGGCACCUUUGUUUGAUCUGGCGAUGAUUGUACAGUGCUUCGGCGUAGGUCUCAGCUAUUUGGUGCUGAUUGGGGACCUUUUUCCACGGCUGUUUGGCGGUGAAGCUAAUUUUUGGAUCCUGAUCUCUGCCGUGGUCACCGUUCCGCUGUGCUGCUUGAAGAAGCUGGACAAUCUGAGAUACUCGAGUAUUCUGGGGCUCUUUGCGCUGGCAUACUUGUCGCUUCUGGUGGUUACUUGCUUCGUCCACGGAACGCUCUUCACGCAUGGCUAUGAACGCUACAGAGGAGAAGUGUCGUGGUUCAAGGUUUACGAUGCCAAGGGCCUGAUGUCCACCUUCAGCAUCAUAGUCUUCGCCUACACAGGUUCUAUGAAUCUUUUCAGCAUUAUCAAUGAACUUAAGGAUAACUCCAUGAAGAAUAUCUCGCUCGUUAUCAACAGAUCGAUCUCGAUCUCGACAUUGGUGUUCCUCACAGUAGGGAUAACAGGAUAUCUAACCUUCGGAAGCAACACCCUGGGUAACAUCAUUCUCAACUAUGAUCCGGAUUCCGUCUGGGUACACAUCGGUAGACUCUGUCUGGGGUCUAUGGUGAUGCUGUCGUUUCCUCUGCUGUUCCAUCCUUGCCGUAUCGCCAUCAACAACUUAAUCGUCUGGCUCGAGAUUCAGCUCAGGAAGGAGCCCAGCAUUACGGGUGAACCUGAGAAUGAGAUGCGUUCCGACCGUGGUGAGGCCACUCCCAUCAGAUUAUCUAUUGAAGAUGAGGAUCGCGAGUCCCUGUCUGGGCUGGAGAACGGCGACAUCGAAUCGGCAAACGCUGAGGAGAUUCAGAUUCAUCGUGGUACUAACGUGGAACACACCCCAUUCCCUGAUUUUCGUUUUUACAUCAUCACUGCCGUCCUGCUGCUUUCCAUUUACACGAUCGCACUGCGAAUCAGGUCUUUUGCCUUCGUACUGGCGAUAGUGGGUGCCACCGGUUCAACAUCCAUUUCCUUUACAUUGCCAGGGUUAUUCGGCUACAAGCUGAUCGGAACUGACUCGCUGGCUAUCGGCGAGAUGGUUUCGCCAAGAGACAGAUUCUAUAAACGUUGCAGUGGCCUAUUGGCGUGGUAUGGCGUGGGAAUAAUGGCGUUUUCACUCUACGUUACGUUGAAAUACGGUACUGAUUAG